UCAGCAGACACGGUCAUAUCACAUGUGUCCUUUGCCAUUUCGUCGCCAUCAUCGCUGGAUUUAGGUUUCAUGUCUUGCCUUGACAAUUCAAGUAGAAUCAAAUAGUGAUUUGCUGUCCAUGACAAAUGUUUUUGAUUGCGGCACUUACUAAAUUGGAAUUUUCAAACUGGGUUUCCUUCCUGAUGUUAUGAACUAGAAGAAUAACCAGCUCCAUUUUUGAUUCGAUGUUUUCGUGGUUUAACAUCUUGACAAUAGUAAUGCCGUGUCAAGUGCUAGUGAGCACAGCAACUUGAUGCAGCACUUUUGUUAAAAGGCCAUACACCUUCUGUGCCUACGCGAACUGCACCAGCUCUACUCAAACUCUUCCCGGUACCCAUGCUCCCAUACAUGCAAUGAAAUAAACGCUAAAGGACAAAACCUAGGACGGCCGAUGCCAAAGAGAUGGAACACCCAAGACAGAAGACGAGAGAGAGAAGCCGUCAUUGAUUAGUUUGUCCGAUCAGUCACUAGCGGCCUACUAUAAUCAAGCAGUGCGCAUUGCGCUUGAUCUUCCGUAACGAUUGCUGGAAACAUAUUUCCAUUAAGUGUGCGUGCAGGUUAGUCUUGUAAGCAAUCUCUAGGCAUCGGGAUGCUACACUGUGGAAACUUGAAGUAGAACUUUGUGCGAACACCUGAGAGUGCAUUGAAGGUAACCCGCUUCCUUUGAUGUUCAAAAUCAUUAUCGUCAUGUAGCGAACGGCUUCGAUAUUUCCUGCUGCUGCUGUAGCUGGGAGGAGCGGAAGACGGCGAGCCGCGGCCUCCAAGCCGAAGUCCAAGGAAGGCCGGUGCUAGUGCUGGUGGUGAUAUUCCUAGCAGCAUAGUGGUAGCAAUCGCAGCGCUUGUAAAUUGGCGAAACCAGUUGUUGUCGCCCCUCAAGCGCCUCGGGCUGCACAAUCGCCAUGCGACAUGAAUGAAAGCGGGAGUAUGCUGAUGAUGGAUGUCAUCGGUGGGGCCGGAAUAGGCGCAAAAGACGACUCCAUUAUUGACUUCACCGGUAGCCUCGGCGUAAGCGUCAGCGCUGGAGUCGGCGAACGUGUUAGUAGCAGCGGUGGGUCGAGUUUGGCAGCAGAGGCUGUGGCAAUGGCUAGCGGAGGCACUCUCGGCGACCUCGCCACUGACGCGGAAACAGCCUUAGACGUGAUGGUGACGGGAAGCGCAUCGAUGGGCAAUGGUGUAUCGGUGAUUUUGGUGUCUUCUGUAUCGGCGCGACAAACAUCGAUAUUUGACUCCUCCGCGUUGCUCAUUCUAUCGUACGGCGCGAUUUUUGCGACAGGACUCGUCGGGAAUCUGCUCGUUAUACUGACGCUCACAAGGAAUCAAAGAGGAAAGGUGGCAACCAACGUAUUCUUACUGAAUUUGGCAGUGAGCGAUCUACUCUUGGGCGUGUUUUGCAUGCCCGUCACCUUAUCCGGCGUCCUACUUAGAAACUUCGUCUUUGGCGAAAUCAUGUGCAAAGUCAUUCCAUAUCUACAAGGGGUGACAGUUGCGGUAAAUGCUUGGACACUAGUAAUGAUCUCAAUCGAACGUUAUUAUGCGGUGUGCGAGCCAUUGAAGUCGCGGGGCUGGUACGCUUCGUCACAUGCAUGGCAUUGCGUCUUCGUAAUCUGGGUUUUUGCCCUCACCGCCAUGUUGCCAGUUUUCCUGCUCAACCGAUUACAGCCUACUGGAAAAGGCCGUCAGAAAUGCCGUGAGGCAUGGCCUGAACCAACUGUCGAAACUGCCUUCACGGUGAUGCUUGAUCUUCUACUUCUCGUUAUCCCUCUUGCAGUAAUGGCUUUCGCUUACAUAAAUAUCACCGUUACUCUCCGAAAGGGAAUCCGUGACAACGAGAGAUCUAGUAAUGAGAUUAAGAUCAUGGGCCCGCGGGGCGACAUCGGAGUAAUGUCGCACAAAUCAAACGAAGGUAUGAUCGAACGGGAGCCUCGUUUAAUCGUCAAGUGGUGCCGAGUGGCAGCUCCGGAAGAGUCGUCUGAAUCUUUACCCGGCCAUGGAGUCAAGAUACCCCCGGCAGAGCCGACGGCCACGCAACCGCUUCCGACCGUGGCUACGCACGACCCAGAUUCGUCUCCUGUGGUUGACGCCAAGUCUCCGACGGCCCAGUGUCCCGUAAGCGCAUCGUCGACCCACCGUGAGGAAAUCAUUAGAUACCUCAGGACGAAUAACCAUGAGCAGAGGAUGGCCGUUCGACGAAAGGUUAUCCGGAUGAUGUUCGUAGUGGUAUUGGAGUUCUUUGUAUGCUGGACUCCAAUUUACGUAGUUAACACCAUUGCGUCCUUUUCGAAGGACCUGCUCACGCCCCUUGGUGGUGUCGGAAUCUCACUUUUACAUUUAUUGUCCUACGUAUCUUCUUGUUGCAACCCAAUCACUUACUGUUUCAUGAAUAAAAACUUCCGCAGGGAGUUUAAGCGCUCAAUCCGCUGUUGUGAUCCGAAGUACCUGAGUAAAUGCUCAUCCUUCCGAUCGCCGCGUUCGCGCGGUCGAGAUAUCCGGUCCACGCCUUCACGUCGCGGGGCCAGGAUUGAGUUGCCUCGACAACGGCGGAGGGCUAUUUGCGCUAGCCGAAGGAUUAAUAACAGCCUAACUGACCUCUGAACCCCUUUAUCGAGCGGAUUUCGUAGGCGGAACACGACGAGCACAGCUGCAGAACGAGAAAAACUCGACACUGGAAUUGAUGUAAUGACAAAGAUGCAUCUAACAGUCAAUUUUUUUAUCAAGCACAGAUAACUUUCUGUUAUACCUUAAUCAUUUAGAGUUGAACCUACACAUCAGCAUAAUAUAUUGCAACUACACAGUCGGUAUCUUUGACAUGUUAAUAAUGAUCGAAAGGCCGGAACCAAUUGACACAUGUGUGUUAAUACCAAGCGUACUUAAAUUAUUAUAGAUUCGUACUUCAAAU